AUGUAUCUUCACAGCUUUCUUGCGGUGCUGCAAGGAUUACUGAUAGCCGCUUACGCCACUGACAAUGGCUACCAAAAGGUCGUUACCUGGGAUUCUGACAGUCUACUGAUCAAUGAUGAGCGAGUCUUUAUAUUCUCUGGCGAAUUCCAUUAUCAGCGACUGCCGGUGCCUGAGUUAUGGCUGGAUGUCUUUCAGAAAUUCAAGGCUAAUGGUCUCAAUACAGUGAGCAUUUAUUUCUUCUGGUCAUAUCACUCGCCGAGCAGAGGCGUAUAUGACUUUGAAAGUCCGGGCAAAGAUGUCCAGCAUCUCCUUGACCUGGCUAAGCAGUCCGGGCUCUACGUCAUUGCUCGUCCUGGCCCCUACUGCAAUGCAGAGACUUCUGCAGGAGGAUACGCGCUCUGGACGACGAAUGGCUCCGGUGGAAAGUAUCGCACGAAUGACGAGAAUUAUCGGUUGGCAUGGUCCGAGUGGGUGGCUGCCAUUGGGCCAAUCUUGGAGCGCAAUCAGAUCACGAAUGGUGGACCUAUCAUACUCACUCAGAUUGAGAAUGAGUUUCAGGAGACAUCGUAUAAUGCAAAUAGUUCGGCCGUUCUGUAUAUGGAGCAGUUGAAGACAGCGUUCAGGGAGCAAGGGAUUGUUGUUCCACUGACACACAACGAGAAGGGGAUGCGAGCUGUCUCAUGGAGUACGGAUUAUAACAACGUAGGUGGUGCUGUUGACGUCUACGGCUUGGAUAGCUACCCGGGAGGUCUUGGUUGUAGUGAUAAUCUUGAUACCGGUUUCAAUCUGGUCAGGACCUACCACCAAUGGUUCAGCAACUACUCGUUUACACAACCAAGCUAUUUGGCCGAGUUUGAAGGUGGAUACUUCCAACCUUGGGGAGGAAAAGUGUAUGAUGACUGCCUGGCCGAACACAGCACAGAGUUUGCAGAUGUGUACUACAAGUCAGUCAUCGGUCAGAAAACGACACUCUUCAACAUCUAUAUGGCUUACGGUGGUACGAAUUGGGGCAGUAGUGCAGCACCGGUGGUAUUCACCUCUUACGACUACUCUGCACCACUGCGCGAAACGAGAGAGAUUCAAGACAAAUUCAAACAUACUCGACUCAUCAGUCUCUUCACGCGCGUCAGUAAGGAUCUCCUGAGUACAGUGAUGGAAAGCAAUGGUACGGGUAACGCGGUAAAUACGACAGCGAUAUUCACAUGGGUUCUGCGGAACCCUUCUACGAGCGCCGGAUUCUACCUUGCCGAAAACAACAAUUCGAAGUCUAGGGCUACCACCAAUUUCGCUAUACAAGUGAAAACGACGCUCGGCGAUGUUGCUAUCCCUAGCAUGCAGCUCGCAGGCCGGCAGUCAAGGUUUGUCGUCACAGACUAUCGGAUUAGUUCAGACAUCACCUUCUUGUAUUCCACCGCGGAAGUCAUUUCGUACGCAGACUACGAAACGCCAGUAGUGGCGAUGUAUCUCAAACAGGGGCAAGUCGGAGAAUUUGCUUUCAAGGACACCUAUCAAGAUCUGCAAUUCGACAUAUUCGGCGCCCAGACAGACUUCAACAGUGUCAAGGCAAACACCACAAAUGCCUACACGAGGUUCGUAUACACUCAGCCUGCAGGUGCAACUAUCGUCAAGUUCAAGAAUGGCCUCGUGGUGUACCUGCUCGACAUCCCGACAGCCUACACGUUCUUCGCGCCCGUCACCACCAUAAAUCCGAACCCGAAACCCGCAGACCAGAUCUUUGUUCUUGGUCCCUACCUCGUUCGUAGUGCAUCCAUAUCUGGAUCUACCGUCCAUGUGGUCGGAGACGUCGUAAACGACACGACAAUUGAGGUGUUUCCCCCCUCCUCGUACAUUGAUAGCAUAUCCUGGAACGGCGCUGUUCUACCCACUAUCCGUACUUCCUAUGGCGCACUCGUUGCCAACAUCGAUGGUAUACAGGGUCAUACUUUUGACUUACCGACCCUCGACAGUUGGCGCGUCGCAGAUAGCCUCCCCGAAGCAGACCCUGGAUAUGACGACACGACAUGGACGGUCUGCGAUAAGAACACCACCUUAUCACCCGUGAAACCCAUAUCAUACCCCGUGCUAUACUCGACCGACUACGGCUAUCACAGCGGCAUCAAGCUCUACAGGGGCACUUUCGCCGGCCCGGCAAACUCGUUGAACAUCACCGUCAACGGCGGAAGUUCCACCGGCUUCUCCGCCUUCUUGAAUGGCGUCUACGUCGGCAGCGCAGCUGGAAAUGCAUCGCUCGCGACGACUUCUGCGGUGCUGGAUUUGGCUGAGAGCGCUACGCGUGGGAGAAACGUCGUCACGCUCGUCACGGAUUACACCGGCCAUGACCAACUCAGCGUCGGGCCUUCCGGCCCACAGAACCCGCGUGGACUGCUGUCCGCCACACUAUCACCCUCAAACGCAUCAUCGAUAACAUGGAAGAUCCAGGGAAACGCAGGCGGCGAAGCAAACAUCGACCCUAUCCGCGGACCGAUGAAUGAGGGCGGUCUAUACGGCGAACGCAAAGGCUGGCACCUCCCCGGCUUCAACACAACAACCUGGGCCUCCGGCUCCCCAGUAACCGGCCUAUCCACAGCCGGCAUAGCAUGGUACAGCACAACCUUCCAUCUCGACAUCCCCAGCGACAUGGACGUGCCACUAGGCAUCGCCCUCACAGCUCCCGCGAGUACACUAGCUCGUGUGCAGUUAUUUGUCAAUGGAUACCAGUACGGGCAUUAUGUCCCGCAUAUCGGCCCGCAGAGUGUCUUUCCUGUUCCACCGGGGAUUCUGAAUCUUCGGGGGGAGAAUCUGCUGGGGCUGAGUUUGUGGGCUGUGGGUGGGGAUGGGGCGAGGUUGGAGGGGGUGCGGGUGGUGGAGGUUGGGGGGAGGUAUGGGAGUGGGUUUGGGUUUGGGGGGGUGGAUGGGGGGAGGUUGCAGCCGGGGUGGGAGGGAGAUCGGGAGAGGUAU